AUGAAGUUGAUCUACUUCUUCGCAGUAAUGACAUUCAUUACUAUAGUGAAAGGUGCAGUAGAUGUGGAGAAAACAGUUCAACAAGUUCAAAAUAUACUGAAAUCAAAUAGUUUAUUGCCAAGAUUGACACGUGAUGAGAUACUUCAACUUCUAAACGAUAUUAGAGCCGAAGAUACAAAGGGAAAUUUAUCACCAAAAGAUCAUAAAAGUACAGUCGGAAAGAAAACUGUUAAUACCAAUCAAGAAAAAAAGUUAAAUUCUCUAAUACAGGAAUCAGAUAUUAGAGCAAAUAAACAACAAGAUAUCACUUUAUCAUCGCCAACAACAACAACAACAUCCGUUGAAACUACUACAAGUAAUGGGCUUAAAAUUACAGUGGUUCUACCAUAUACAACCCGAGAUGGCUCUUCACUACAAGAAUUAUAUACUAAACCUCCACGUGUAGAAAUCAUACCAGAACCCAAAGUAACUAAAAAACCUUUAACUACUCUCAAAUUAAAAGAGAACGAUCAAAAAACUUCUAGCAAUAAUAAUAAUAAAAAGAUUAUUGAUUCAAAUACGCCUGUAUUUCCAGCGGAACUACAAGCGUUUUUAGAUGCACAUGGUCUAAAAGGAGAACCAGGGCAAGAUAAUUUUUUGUUACCACUUGAUGGAUUCAAGCCCUUACCGGCCGCGAAAGUUAUAGACGAAUCCGUUCAACUACCUGAGAAUAUUUUAUUAGCUUAUGAUUUAAUAUCACCAGCAGACACUAAGACACCUGCCACUAAAAACAAAAUCGUUUCUCAAAAUACUUUCUUGUAUGAACCAUUACCACCUAAAUAUCCAUUUGAACUAGAUACAUCAUCUUCAGAAAUAAAGGACACAGUUCUUCCUUUGGAUUUACCGAAACCUAGAAAAACAAAAUCUGCAACACCGAAGCCAAACUACGAGCCCAUAGAUUACGAUUCGGUUCGAGUUAUACCUCUAAACAAGGGUCCGAGCCCCAUUGACGAUGAAAAAAUUAUUUUUGAUACUGAACUAAAUAAAAGACAAACUAUUGAAACGACUAGUAUUACCAAUUUAAGUAACGAUAUGAAUACAACUGAAGAAACAACUACCAUUGCAAAUGAAUUUAAAAAUGCCGCCGUUGCUGCAGAUAAUGAUACAGGUGCAUCAAUUUCUGAUCUAGAAGAAUCUUUUGGUGGUGCUGCGCCGGCAGAACCUGGGGAUUCCGUUCUUCCGCCACCCAGAAAAAAUGGUUUUUAUUGGAUGUUAGACUGGAAUAGUUUUCUUGAAGUCGGCGACGGAGACACGAAAGUUAAUAUUCGAUUUGAACCAAAGUUAGGAGACCCACAAAUGUUUCUCCCUGUGAAUGUUCCUUAA